GGCGGAGGAGAAGAGGAUAAAGGGCGCGGAAUCGGUAAAGGCGUUGACGCUGGUUGCUGCUGUGCAGGCCAGCAGGGUGGCUGCUUGGCUGAUACGCAUCGUGUUGUUGGUGUAGGUGAACAAAUUGGCUUCAACUGGGAGAGAAGUGAGGUGAACUUGGCCCUUCUGUCGUUGUUUUGAAUCGCGAGGGGUGUUCGAUGUUGUAUGGUCAGGAAGGUAUUCAACACAAACGUCGCGGAUGGAGGAAGCUGUCUGCGACAAGUAAGGUAUGCAACUGGCUGGGAUGGAUGAUGCAGCUCGGUCUCUCUCCCGUCGUAUCCACCAAACCCAAGCCAAGACAGGCGCCACCACCAACAGGCCCCCUGCCUGCCACCCGCUGCUGCAAACCAGGCGGUGUGGGGCGGCAAGAAUCCCGAUAACACCAGCCCGCGCCGUUAGCGAAAAGUUACAGGGGAUCAAUAUCGCCAAAAUUACAGCUGCCGGGCCAUCAACUCAACCUUCUCAACAUCCCACCUCCAUCCCGUCACAACCACCCCCCAAUUGCCCCCCAAAAUGGACGGAACCGCCGCCAUGUUCGCCCAACCGGGUAUGUUCAUCCAGCCCCGAGUCCGCAAAACAGCCCCUCCACCCCCCAAGAAGCGCAAAGUCCAGCACGCCGUCGAAGAAGUCACAUUCGACCGUACAGCCCGCGAAGAAUACCUGACCGGGUUCCACAAGCGCAAGCUAGAGCGGAAGAGACACGCGCAGCAAAUCGCCGAGCAAAAGGCCCGGGAAGAAAGAAUUGAGACGAGGAAGCAGAUUAGGGAAGAGCGCAAACAAGCCCUUGAAGAGCACGUCCAGACCAUUCAGCAAAUUCUCCGCGAAGCCGAGGCAGCCGGGACAGGUACAGCAGGCAAAGACGGGGAAGAGGACGAGGAAUGGGGCGGCCUGUCUGACGACGAGGUGGUGGAGGCGCCCAUUGACAUGGAGGAGGAGUACAUUGACGAAGACAAAUACACCACCGUUACCGUCGAGGCUGUUAGUGUGGACCGAGACGGUCUGCACAAACCAAAAGCUGUCUCUUCCGACGACGACGAGGAGUCCAAAACAGAGAAGCUAGAAGACGAAGACAAACAAGCGACCAAGGGCGCGAAGCGUCCCAAAGAGCAAAAGAAAAAAAAGAAGUUUCGAUAUGAAACCAAGUUCGACAGACAGCUCACAGAGAGAAAGCAAAAGGCCAAAAAGAGGAAGGCAAGAGGGGUGGAAUAAUACAGACACGGCAGCAAUAAACAUCUUCAGGGGA